AGAACCCAAAAGUGCAAAAAUGGCUCAACCCAAAGACUCAAAGUUUCACAUAGCCAUGUUUCCAUGGUUUGCCUUUGGCCACAUGACUCCAUUCCUCCACCUCUCCAACGAGCUUGCCAAAAGAGGCCACAAAAUCUCAUUUUUGCUGCCAAACAAGGCCUGUCUUCAAUGGAAAACAACCAAUCUCCACCCUAAUCUCAUCACCUUCUAUCCCCUCACCAUCCCACGCGUUGGAAGCCUCCCUCGAGGCACCGAGACAGCCUCCGACAUACCCAUUUUCUUAACCACCCACCUCGCCACCGCUAUGGACCUCACUCGCGAUCAAGUCGAAGCUUUGUUAUGUCAAUUGAAACCCAAUUUUGUUUUCUAUGACACUGCUCAUUGGAUACCUGAAUUAGCACCAAUGAUCGGGUUUAAAACUGUAUGUUACAAUGCAGUUUGUGCAGCUUCACUAGCCAUAGCGGUAGUCCCUUCGCGUAAAGUUUUCAAGGACAGGCCGCUAACGGAGGAAGAACUAGCGGAGCCACCGCAUGGCUACCCUUCGACCACUGUGGUGUUACGCAAACAUGAAGCUCGGGCUCUUUCGUUCAUAUCAUUCGAUUUUGGUAGUGGGAUAACGUUCUAUGACCGUGUCACGACUUCCAUGAAAGAAUGCAAUGCAAUCUCUAUCAGAACGUGUCAUGAAAUAGAGGGACAGUUGUGUGACUACAUUGGAAGCCAAUUUGGAAAGCCUGUGUUGCUAACGGGGCCGGUUUUGCUUGAGUCGGAAAAAACACCUCUUGAAGACCGGUGGGCGAAGUGGCUAGGGGGCUUUGAGCCCAACUUGGUUGUGUUCUGUGCUUUCGGAAGCCAGUGGGUUCUUGAAAAGGACCAGUUUCAAGAACUUGUUCUAGGGUUAGAGUUAACAGGCUUACCAUUUUUGGUAGCCGUAAAACCACCAACUGGGGCAGCAACGGUGGAAGAAGCGUUGCCAGAGGGGUUCCAAGAGAGGGUUAAAGGGAGAGGAGUGGUUUACGGGGGAUGGGUACAACAGACACAUUUAUUAAACCACCCAUCAGUUGGGUGUUUUGUGAAUCACUGUGGAUUUGGAUCGAUGUGGGAGUCUUUGACAAGCAAUAGUCAGAUAGUGCUUGUACCACAUUUAGGAGACCAAAUCUUGAACACUAGGUUGAUGGCUGAUGAACUAAAAGUUGCAGUGGAGGUGGAGAGAGAUGAAAAUGGGUGGUUUUCAAAAGAGAGCUUGUGCAAGGCUGUUAAGUCUACCAUGGAUAAAGAUAGUGAGGUGGGUGUUUUGGUUAGGAAAAACCAUGGCAAGUGGAAACAAACCCUAACUAGCCCAGGUUUCAUGAGUGGGUACAUAGAUGAGUUCAUACACAAGUUGCAUGAGCUUUAGGUGUGAUGCAAGUGACUCAACAAAUCACUUUUUUUUACAUCAUUGUACUUUUAUUUUCAAUAUUGAUAUACUUUCAUAAGUUUUUUUAUUUUAUUUUAUUUUUUAAGGAUCGUUCAUAAGUCCAAACGACCAACCCAG